AUGUCACCAACAACACGUGGCAGAAAGAAAACCAAAGAUAAUGAUACAUCAAAUAAAACUCAACCGAAAAAAAUUCGUAGCAAGGCAACUAAAACGCAAGAAACAAAAACUAAUGAUUCUUUAGGUGGAGAUGAAAUGAUGGCUUCGCUCGAAUCUAAUGCGUCCGUAAGCUUAACAAGCGAUAUUGAAGUUAAAGGUGUCGGUAAUCAAGCGCAAGCAUCAAAAAAUUGGACGUCGGAACAACGUUUACAAUUAAUUGAAGCUGUUCUUAAAAAGAUUAAUAUACCUUGGGACGAAGUCUGUAACGAAGUUGAUGGGGGGAGAAGUGGAAAGAGGUGUUACGAUCAAUGGAGAAGACAAAUUGUACCAGGUUUAAAAAACUCGAUCAAAUUUCAGAAAAAUAGCAGUAGAUAA